AUGCGUUCCACUCUUUAUGCGCUCGCGGCAUGGCCGCUUGCGGCUCAGGCCCUCGAAUUCCUCGACGACAACAAGAACGUCGAGGAGGGCGGCAUUAUGCGAUAUUCUAUUACUGCUUCCAAAGGUGCCCGUUCUAAGCACCUCCACAGACGCCAGGACAGCGCCGAACUGCAAUCCCAGGAGACUGGUUACUUUUACAGCAUCGAACUCGAAAUCGGUACCCCACCGCAGGCAGUGAGCGUCAAUUUCGAUACAGGCUCUUCCGAGCUAUGGGUCAAUCCCGAGUGCAGCAAGGCUACCGAUCCAGCUUUUUGCCAGAGCUUUGGCCGAUACAACGCAUCAAAGACUUUUGUCGACACCAAGGCCGACGGCGGUAUCAAGUACGGCACCGGAUAUGUCGAUUUCACCUACGGAUACGACUAUGUCCAGCUUGGCUCUUCCAGAAUCAGCCAGCAGCUUUUCGGUGUUGCGACUGACAGUGAAUUUGCCUCGAUUGGUAUCCUCGGUGCUGGUCCUAACCUGAGUGGCUGGACUAGUUCUUACCCUCUUGUCAUUGACAACUUGGCUACGCAAGGCUUCAUCAACAGCAGAGCUUUCAGUCUCGAUAUCCGAGGCCUUGACAGCGACCGAGGUUCCGUCAUCUACGGUGGUAUCGACACCAAGAAGUUUUCCGGUCCCCUGGUGAAGCGACCCAUCAUUCCCGCCGCCUCGUCUCCGGAUGGUUAUACUCGCUACUGGAUCUACAUGGAUGGUAUCACUAUUACCACCGAGGAUGGAUCCCACGUCGAAGUCUUCAACAAGCCCAACGGCCAGCCGGUGCUUCUCGACAGUGGCUACACCGUCAGCACUCUUCCUGGCUCUAUCUUCUCAAAGAUCCUCGCAGCUUUCCCUUCGGCUCACAUUGAGGCUAGCUCUGGCGAUUACUUGGUACCCUGCGAUAUCAUCGAUACCCUCGGAUCAGUCAACUUCAAGUUUGGCGAUGCCGUUGUCAGCGUUGACUACAAGGACUUUAUCUGGCAGCAGCCUGACCUGGGCAUCUGCAAGCUUGGUGUUUCUCAGGAUGACGACUUCCCCGUUCUCGGCGACACUUUCUUGAGAGCUGCCUAUGUGGUCUUUGACUGGGACAACAAAAACAUUCACGUUGCCAAGAACGAGGACUGCGGUACACACCUGAUUCCCAUCGGCAAGGGUGCCGACGCUGUCCCAUCCGGCCUCAAGGGUGAUUGCGCUGCUGCUGGCCAAACAACCACGUCUGCUGUACAAACCACCUCUUCUGCCGCCAGCACCUCUGCGCGCGUCUCGACGUCUGCAGCGGCCACUACCACAUCUGGCGCCAUCACCACCACUGCACCGGCUACCAGCGGAUUCAAGGCCACGACCUCCUCUCACCGGUUUGCCAACGGCACUGUUACCUACAGCGUCCCGCAUGGCAGCACCACCGUUAUCUCUGAGAUUAGCUCGGCCGCUGCUACCCAGCUUGACACCACCACCGCGCCCGCAUCCGGUACCACUGCCGCUCCAACUUACACCUCGACUUUCACCACGACCAACGUGUAUACCAUCACCUCUUGCCCACCCAGUGUCACCAACUGCCCUGUUGGCCACGUCACGACCGAGGUUGUUACUGCCUACACGACUUGGUGCCCCGUUGAGGAUUCCAGUCCUACUGCUUUCCCCAGCGUGCCUGCGGCUCCCGAAAUCACCGCCACCUUCACGCUACCCAACACUUACACCUGUCCUCAGGGCAAGGACUCUUGCUCCAACCCUCACACGGCGCCUCACGUCAUUGUUGUCACCCCCAUCGUCACCCAGACGGCUCCCGUUGCGAUCCCCUCAUGCGCCAGCUGUGGUGCUGCUGCGGUCCCCACUCCCUCCGGCAUUGCUUCGACUCCCAUCUUAACCAAUGCAGCUUCAUCAGCCACAGCCCCUGCUGUCACCAGCCCGGCUCAGUCCGCCUACUACCCGCCGGCACCGCCUCAGCACGCUGUUUCUUCUCCGGCUGUCGUUCCUCCAGUUAUCACGCCGGGCUCUGGCCCCCUUCCUACCGGUGGCUUGACAACCGUCGUCGCCCCUAGCGGCGCUGCUCCAUCUCAGCCUGCCCAAUCCGGCCUGCCUCCCGUCCCGGCUGGAGCCGCUGAAUUCCGCGCCCCUGCCAUGGUUGCCCUGAUCGCCGGCGCCGUCGCUGCUGUUUUGUUGUAA